GCAUAUCGAGAGCAUGAGUGGGAGUGUGUGCAUCAGGGGACGCAUGUGGAAGUGAAACAGAUCCCUCAGGCCUGCGAGCCGAUCGCACUGCAUUUGUCAGUCCUGCCCGGGCGACAUUUUUUCCCUAAGCUACCGCACACUAAGCAGUGAGAGAGCUUUCCUCGCAGUCUUCUUGAAGCCCCCUGAUUUUUUUACUUAUUGUUGAGAAGCUCACGCAGAGGCUGAGGCCAAGGAGCACGCAGCUGCCGUCUGGACGUCUGUGCCAUCGAUGCUGACGUUGGAAGAGUCGUAGACUGUGAAAAUGAACCCGAAGGAGACCUGGUGAAGUCACCUGGACGGGACAUCUGGAGCUCUGACCUUGCGGGGGAGCCGACCGGAUCCAAGGAGCGCCCCGGGCGACAGUGCAGGUACCCGCCGCGGCAGCUCUGGGGCAGAGUGACUACAUCUGGAAGAAGGAAAAAAUGUAGUUAUCGAAUCCAAUCAACUGUCUGUGUCUCUGAAAUUAUCAACCACAUCGGGUCAAGAAAGGUUCUGGUCGGUGCCACAGACGUAUGGCUGUCCAAGAAGCCACAUAAAGAUGGAGAAAUGGAGGCACAGGGAAAUUAAGUGACUUUGCCACAGUCCCAAGCUGGGGAGGACCAGGAAGAGAACGUAGAGGGACCCUGACUCUGGGCCCGCGUCCUGCCCACGGAGCCACGCUGCCUCCCUUCCUAGAAGAGAAGACGCCCCGCAAGAUGGAGGUGGACGCCGAGGAGAAGCGCCAUCGGACACGGUCCAAAGGGGUUCGAGUUCCCGUGGAACCAGCCAUACAGGAGCCCUUCAGCUGUCCCACGCCGGGCUGUGAUGGCAGCGGUCACGUCAGUGGCAAAUACGCAAGACACAGAAGCGUGUAUGGCUGCCCCUUGGCUAAAAAAAGAAAAACGCAGGAUAAGCAGCCCCAAGAGCCUGCUCCCAAGCGGAAACCAUUCACCGUGAAAGCCGACAGCUCCUCGGUGGACGAGUGUUAUGAGAGCGAGGGCUCAGAGGACGUGGAUGACAAGGAGGAGGACGAGGAGGAGUACUCGGAAGACGAGGACGAGCGCAGGGAGGAGGACGAGGAGGAUGAGGAAGGCGACCGAGAGGAGGAGGAGGAGCUAGAGGAGGAGGAGGACGAUGACGACGAGGAUGGGGAGGACGUGGAGGACGAGGAGGAGGACGACGAGGAGGAGGAGGAGGACGACGAGGAGGAGGACGAGAAUGAAGACCAUCAAAUGAACUGUCACAAUACUCGAAUAAUGCAAGACGCAGAAAAGGAUGAUAACAAUAAUGAUGAGUACGAUAAUUACGAUGAGCUGGUGGCCAAGUCCUUGUUGAACCUCGGCAAGAUUGCCGAGGACGCAGCCUACCGGGCCAGGACUGAGUCGGAGAUGAACAGCAACACGUCCACCAGCCUGGACGACGGCAGCGACAGGAACGAGACGCUGGGCCGGAAGAGCGAGCUGAGCCUGGAUCUGGACAGCGACGUGGUCAGAGAGACGGUGGACUCCCUGAAGCUGCUGGCGCAGGGACACGGUGUGGUGCUCGCAGACAACCUCGGCGACAGGGCGUAUGCAGACUCUCUGUCGCAGCAGGACAGCAGGAACAUGAACUACGUGAUGUUGGGCAAGCCCAUGAACAACGGGCUCGUGGACAAGAUGGUGGAGGAGAGCGACGAGGAGGUGUGUCUGAGCAGCCUGGAGUGCCUGAGGAAUCAGUGCUUCGAUCUGGCCCGGAAACUGAGCGAGACGAACCCGCAGGACCGGAGCCAGCCCCCGAACAUGAACAUCCGCCAGCACGCCCGUCAGGAGGACGACUUCGCGGGGAGGACGCCGGACAGGAGCUACUCCGACAUGAUGAACCUCAUGCGGCUCGAGGAGCAGCUGAGUCCCAGGUCUAGAACUUUCUCCAGCUGUGCAAAGGAGGACGGGUAUCACGAACGAGAUGACGACACCACCUCCGUGAACUCGGACAGGUCUGAGGAGGUGUUUGACAUGACCAAGGGGAACCUGACCCUCCUGGAGAAAGCCAUCGCUCUGGAGACAGAAAGGGCGAAGGCCAUGAGGGAGAAGAUGGCGAUGGAGGCCGGAAGGCGGGACAAUGCGCGGUCCUAUGAAGAGCAGUCGCCAAGACAGCUUCCCGGGGAGGAGAGAAAGCCUAAGUCCAGUGACAGCCAUGUCAAAAAGCCAUACUAUGAUCCCUCGAGAGCAGAAAAGAAAGAGAGCAAGUGUCCCACCCCGGGGUGUGACGGAACUGGCCACGUAACCGGGCUUUACCCACAUCACCGCAGUUUGUCUGGAUGCCCGCACAAAGAUAGGGUCCCUCCGGAAAUUCUUGCCAUGCAUGAGAAUGUUCUCAAGUGUCCUACUCCGGGCUGCACAGGGCGAGGGCAUGUAAAUAGCAACAGAAACUCGCACAGAAGCCUCUCUGGAUGUCCUAUUGCUGCCGCGGAGAAACUGGCAAAGGCCCAGGAGAAGCACCAGAGCUGCGAUGUGUCCAAGUCCAACCAGGCCUCAGACCGCGUGCUAAGGCCAAUGUGCUUUGUCAAGCAGCUCGAGAUCCCUCACUACGGCUACAGAAACAACGUCCCCACGACCACGCCUCGCUCCAACCUGGCCAAAGAGCUAGAGAAAUAUUCCAAGACCUCGUUUGAGUACAACAGUUACGACAGCCAUACUUACGGCAAGCGGGCCAUAGCCCCCAAGGUGCAAACCAGGGAUAUAUCCCCCAAAGGAUAUGAUGACAAGCUGCCCUCGCAGAAGAAAGGGGAAGGAAGGUCACACCGCAGACACGCCAACAGGAAAGCGCUGCGCGUGUCCUCCGCGGAGAGCGGCUCCAGGUACGGACCGCUGCUGCCAGCGCUGGACACGCGGGGAGAGCCGGCCGAGUCGCUUUGGAAAGGACGCGCAAACGUGCGGUGCGGAAACGUCUGUCCGCAGGGUUUGUCACCUUGCUGGCGUGGGGGCAGGACGGUCCCUCGGGCUGCAGAGCAGAGGGCACCACCUGGCGGGGGCCACUCCGUCACCCCCUCUCCUGUACUAGCGCGGCCGGCCAUGCACCCUGAGCACUCAGACCUGAGGGGACUCGUUACGAGUACUUGUGAUGCAUAUGAAUGGAGACAGAACCCCGACAUGGAGGUGGACGAGAACGGGACUCUGGACCUCAGCGUGAACAAGCCACGGCCGCGGGACAGCUGCUGCCCGGUCCUGACGCCCCUGGAGCCCAUGUCCCCCCAGCGGCAGGCGGUGAUGGGCGGCCGGUGUUUCCAGCUGGACGAGGACAACUGCUGGGAGCUGCCCGUGGACUACACCAAGCUGAAGGCCCGCAGGGCGGACGGGGGCGACGCCAGCGAGGCCCCCCCGGAAGACUUGGACCCAUUCCAGGAGGCUCUGGAGGAGAGAAGGUACCCGGGAGAGGUGACCAUCCCCAGCCCCAAGCCCAAGUACCCCCAGUGCAAGGACAGCAAAAAGGACUUAAUAACUCUGUCCGGCUGCCCCCUCGCUGACAAAAGCAUUCGAAGCAUGCUGGCUACCAGCUCACAAGAACUCAAGUGCCCGACCCCCGGCUGCGACGGCUCUGGGCACAUCACCGGCAACUACGCUUCUCAUCGAAGUCUUUCAGGUUGCCCGAGAGCUAAGAAAAGUGGCAUCAGGGUGGCACAGAGCAAGGAAGACAAGGAAGACCAGGAGCCCAUCAGAUGUCCCGUUCCUGGGUGUGACGGCCAGGGCCACAUAACCGGGAAGUACGCCUCCCACCGCAGUGCGUCAGGAUGUCCCUUGGCCGCCAAGAGACAGAAGGACGGAUACCUCAAUGGCUCCCAGUUCUCCUGGAAGUCGGUCAAGACGGAGGGCAUGUCGUGUCCCACGCCAGGAUGUGACGGGUCGGGCCACGUCAGCGGCAGCUUCCUCACACACCGGAGCUUGUCGGGAUGCCCGCGAGCCACGUCAGCCAUGAAGAAGGCGAAGCUGUCAGGAGAGCAGAUGCUGACCAUCCGACAGCGGGCCAGCAACGGCAUAGAAAACGAUGAAGAAAUCAAGCAGUUGGAUGAAGAGAUCAAGGAGCUCAACGAGUCCAACUCCCAGAUGGAAGCCGAUAUGAUCAAACUCAGGACUCAGAUCACCACGAUGGAGAGCAGCCUGAAGACCAUUGAAGAGGAGAACAAAGUAAUCGAGCAGCAGAAUGAGUCUCUCCUGCACGAGCUGGCCAACCUGAGCCAGUCCCUGAUUCACAGCCUAGCCAACAUCCAGCUGCCGCACAUGGAGGAUGGUGUAUGGUGGGGGCAAUAAAUGAGGUUUUUUGCAUUCCAAGGAAAUGGCAUAUGGAUUAACUGUAAGAAAUGAGAUAAGUAAUUUAUUGUAAGACAACAUCAAGCCAUGGAAACUUGGCAGAAGAUUCAAAGCAGCUUAAACAGCACUUUUAAAUUAACUCCUGAGCAUUACAUGGUGUGCCUCUGGGAACUGCAGUUAAGACAGGGGCUUAUGAGAGGUGGACAGCGCGAAGAUUUCCCUUUCCAGUGUCAGUAGACUUUGGAGCAACCUCCCCUUAUCUCCCCGAGAGCUGUGUGCCCCUCUGAAGCGUCUGUCCUUGCAAUGGCGUCUGUCUCACAGAACCUGUGUGCUCUAAUUUCAGUUCAGAGAUAAUUUCAGAGUAUUUAUUUCCCCUCUUUCCACCUUUAGAAAUUAUUACUGUCGUUGUCGCUGUUACUAUGACUUCACAUUCGGGGAAUAAGGCAAAUGAGGCGGGAGUCCUACCGCGGGGCGCUUUCUGCUGGGCGGCGGAGCACAGCUCAGCGGGGACGCCCGACGCCGAGUGCCCGCACACAGGCCUUUCUGUUCCACCUUCCCUUGGAGACCCGGCGACCACAGGGCCUUUGCAGAGCCUUGCUCUUUGAUUUGUCACGACCUAUUCUAAGAACGAAUGCAAUCAGAUUUUAAGAGUAAUUACCUAUACUUCAGCACUUUUUUGCUUUACACUAGAUCAUCCUAGACUUGCUUAUACUUGGAGAUUUGAUUGUUUUCUUCCAACGACUGCACUAUAUGUAUGCAUAAGACCACUUUUGAUUGCUGCGCCCUCCCCUUCCGAGUAGUCCCUAGGACGGCGUGUUGUGUCUUCUGGUGUUGACUUGAGUUACAUGUAACGGCAUCUCUUCCCUCCAUGUCUUGAUGUUAUGCAGGAAGUACAGAAGUACUUUAAAAUUUUGUUAUGAAAAAAAAAAAAAAAGAUGGGUUUUGUAAAAAUAAAAAAAAAAUAUUUUUAGCAGAACAGGACUUACAGGGUCAUUGUCCCCACAACGUGCCAGUCGACUAUUUGCACUUACCUUGUCCUAUAUAUCCGUACGGAGGUGUGCAAUUGCCGGGGUCAGCAGCCUCGCGAGGCCGGCCCUGGAAAGAUGACAGGAGCCCUCACGGCUGACCCGACGAUGUUGCUAAGGGAGAUUACAGGGAUCUCACAGCAAAUACUGAUACAAUACUCAACCUCGGUAUAUAUAUGUGUAUAAAUAUAUGUACACCCCCAGCGGCACUUUAUACUGUCCACUGUACAAACGCUCACAGUUUUCCGCGAGGACGUUACUAACGAGCUGGGAAAGAUGACGGACCUCCCGGGGCCCUGCAGCGCCCGCCCUGGAGAGCGCCCUCUUUCUGUUGUGCGAUUAGUUGUAGCUGCCGUGCUCAGAAUUGCCUUUUCGAGAGCUGAAGCGAGGUGCUUCUCGGUCACCCGAUGCCAUAUACACCGUCGGGGCCCUGGGCUCCCGGGGGGGCCCUGCCGUUCGUGUGGGCGAAUGCGUUUCCCUGCCGCGAUGUGUCCGCAGCUUCUUUGCCAAUAUAGUAAUGCUUUUAGUAGAGUAAUAGCUAGUAUCAGUUCUGGAUUCUUCUCGUUAUCACCUAUGUACAAUGGAAAGGGGUUUUAAGCACAAAUCUGCUGCUCAUCUAACGUUGGUACAUAAUAUCCAAUCAAGAGUUAUCUGUGACUAUUAUAUAGGGAUCACAAAGUGUCACAUAUUAGAAUGCUGACCUUUCAUACAGAAUUAUUGUGAGUCAUCAGAGUUUAUUUAUUAUAACUUAUUGUUCGUAUUCAUUUCUGAGUUAAUUUAAGUAACCAUUUAUGAAGACAGAAUUUUGUAUAAAUAUUUAUUGUGCUCUCUGUGGAACUGAAGUUUGAUUUAUUUUUGUACUACACGGCAUGGGUUUGUUGACACUUUCAUUUUGCUAUAAAUGUGUGGAAUCACAAGUUGCAGUGAUACUUCAUUUUUAAAUUGUGAACUUUGUACAAAUUUUGUCAUGCUGGAUGUUAACACAUCUUACUCUAAAUAAAAACGGUGUUGCCACAUUUGUAGCACGAUGGAUCUCUA